AUGCCAAGCAUGACCUCGCGGGCGCCAGCGGUGCCCAUGAAGGCGUGGCGACUGGAGGAGGAUCAUCGCAUUCAAAGGCAGUUGAUUUGGAAAUCCUGGCCACCCACCGCCAGAUGGUGCAUCAGGCUAACCUUCUUCCAGAUUUCCUCCUGUGUCCUGACCCAUUUGGGCUGGACUGUUGGCCCUGCGUACCAGGCCUACAAUGAGGAUGAGAUGGAGCUCUUUUCGAUUGCACGAUAUGUUUUGAUGGUUCCACUGAUGUUGGUCACAGUCUACAAUCUCGUCGAGUGGUGUACUCGAAGGAACCUGCGUGCACUCGUGAUCUCACAUGUUUGUAUGAUCGAGUUUUCGGUGAAGAUUUCGUACUACAGUCUGAUGUCCGUCGGCUAUGGUCAGGCGUAUCAAAAUCAACGCGCCUAUGAUGUUCGUCCUAUUUAUGCCACGCGAUUCAUCGGCUGGGCCUUUGCCGUUCCCAUCUUGCUGUUUAUGAAUUUGUACCCUUUGCUGGACCAGCACCAUCCCUUAGAAGCACUGAUGAGGAUAUUGCCACAGCAAGCAGCAAGCGCAGCGUAUUGCUGGGCUUGCUUCUUGGGUUGCGUUGUGACCGAUCCCUUGAUGGGCUGGUAUCUAAAUACCCUGGGCUGCGUUGCCUACGUGGUUGUCAUUGCUGAUGAGAUGGUUUUGGUUUACUACAGCAUCCUGGAAACGUCUCAGCCAAUUCUCAAGGGAUACAGUGUCAUCGUGAAGGAAUGCGUGUUCUUGGUCUACACCUUCGUAUGGCUGUUCGGCAACUGGGGAUUUGCCACCUCCUAUUCGUGCCAACGCUUCUACACAGUCACGGAUAUUAGUGUGAAAUCCGCCAUGGCAGCCUUGCUCUUUUUCUACUGGAAUGUGAGCGGAGAGCGCACAGCUUCGAAGGCUGAAGUGAAGGAGGAGUGA